AUCUCAUUGUUUAUCCAGCCACUACGUGACUGACUCCUUCGCAAAACAGCGUGUUUUAUCAUCGUCUAUUGUCACGCAUUUUGUAUCCAUGCCACAUAACACAAGCAUAAAUUAUCAGCGUAAAGAAGUUAUCUUCAGGCAGAUGCUAUCACCGCUUAAGCAAAAAAGAUAACGCCUAUCUCAUGUUUUGUCAAGUAUUGUUUGUCGCAAUUGGACUCACAAUUUGAAGCAGCGCUUUUUCGGAAUAAAUUAGCAAAUUUAUUUUUGAACUGUGAUAUAUUAACACGUGUAAAGCAGAAAUUGUAAUAUUCUCACACAUACAAUUAUCGACACCCUCUUCUUAAAGAAAUUUAAAAUACCAACAAACACGCCAAAAGAUGUCACAAAAUCAGUCAUACUUUUGGCAAACCACCAAACAUAAUGUUUAUCUCAAACGUUCGGCCAGAUUGCAAAUGCUCAUAGCAUUAAUGGCCGUAUUGACAUUCUCCACCAUAUGUCAGGCGGAGGUAGCACGCAGAGAAAUAGAUGAAAGUGUUGCAACACUAGGUGUACCAAGCGCCUUCCCCGAUGACACACAGUUUAUGAAAGAUGCCGUAAAUGGAAAUGCAGACAAUGAAUUGAAUGAAAGUGAUGCCACCAAGGAAACUAAAACUAAUUCCGGUUUUAUCGAUGCGUUCUCCGCAUCGAUAUCAGUAAUAUUAUUUACUGAAUUAGGUGAUAAGACUUUCUUCAUUGCUGCCAUAAUGGCGAUGCGCCAUCCGCGCCUAAUCGUCUUUGCUGGCGCCAUAUCAGCGCUGGCGCUGAUGACCGUACUCUCGGUGGUGUUCGGCAUGGCAGCUACCAUUAUUCCUAAGAUUUAUACAUACUACAUUUCAACGGCGUUGUUUGCCAUAUUCGGCUUGAAAAUGAUCUAUGAAGGUUAUUUCAUGAAGGACAGCGAUGCGCAGGAGGAAUUUGAGGAGGUGCAAUCGACUUUGCGUAAACGUGAAGAUGAGUUGAUGCGUAAGAAGCACGGCAAAUACGAUGAUGCCGAUGCCAAGCGCAAAAACAGCAACUCAGACAAAGAAGAUGAGGGUCUAGAGCGUGGCGCUGGCGUCACCACCACCAUCAGCAGCGGCUGCACCCCCACCACCGCCACCACCAUCGCUGUCGUCACACAAAACACAAAUCCCGAAAUGUCGCAUCGACAACGCAAACACAAUAAUAAUCAUUUAAAAAAUACUAAUAAUAAAAAUGGCUGUGAUGUUAACAAGGACGGCGCUGAUUCGGACAAUAGCAGUUGCCAUGAAAACGAUAUCUUCCUAAAUGGUGUGAAUGGUGGUGUUGGUGUUGGUGUUGGUGUUGGUGAUGUUACCAUUAUUGGUGGUGAUAGCUUGAAAAGAUCCAACUUCCAUAGCAGUCCUGCACUGUCGGCGUCCGUGCUUUCGAAUCAAACCGAACAAACGAAUUGUGAUGAAUUUACUAAUAGUCCAAAUAAGCUUAAUUUUAAUUCCCAAAAUGAUAGCGGCAACGACGAUAAUGCUAUUAAUGGCAUUGACGCUGACGUUGAAGAUGAUGAUGAUGAUGAUGUUGCGACCGUCGAUAGUGGUCAUGGUGGCACACCGAUACAUGGCAAACGUGGAAAACAACAACUCAAAAAAUCAGGUAGUGUUGAUAGAUCAACAGCAAUGGUGCAUUCAGCAUCCGCUUCGGCUGUCGUUAUGUUGCACAACAACAACAAUAAGCUUGGAAUCAUUACAGGCACCAGUAAUAGUAUAACUAGUUUGAAUAGUCUCAACUUAAAAUCAAACGGCAGCUUUGGCAGCGGCGGCGUAGUGACGGUUGUAGGCGGUGGCGUCGUCGGUGGACAGCCGAAUGGCGAGUUGAAGCAACUCGGUGGAAGCAAGAAGCGGCUGGAACGUUCCGCUAGCUUGGUUCAGGAUGCCGAAAGUGGUGUUGUACGCAAGAUACCAAAGAAGAGUGCAACCCAUAUUACCAUGCGCAUUUUGAUGCAGGCCUUUACGAUGACCUUCCUGGCCGAAUGGGGCGAUCGUUCGCAACUAACCACCAUUAUUUUGGCCGCCAGCAAGAAUGUUUAUGGCGUCAUUACCGGCGGUAUUAUUGGCCACUCCAUCUGCACCGGUUUGGCUGUAAUCGGUGGACGUAUGGUGGCCGCUAAAAUUUCUGUGCGCACUGUUACAAUACUCGGUGGCAUUGUAUUUAUAGGGUUUGCAGUGUACGCUUUGAUUGUAAAACCAGACGAUAUUUAAAGUGCAACUUAUACAAAAAAAAAAAAAAAUGGAAAUUCAUGUGCGAAAUGACGAGGAUAAACGCAACGGAAAUAUGCAGCAUAAAAAAUAAUUUACUUUAGUUUCAAAAUAACACACCAAUUCUAUAUUUUUUACAAAGUAAAGUGCUCAAAGUGUUUUAACAGUUUUCAUUUAUGUUUUUUUUGUUUCAAAUUUAUUUAGAUAAUUUUAUAAGAUACCGAACUUUAACAAGUAAAGUGCCUUCCUUUUGUCAUUUAGAAAAUUAUUUAUUCAAAGAGUUCACAAAAACUGCAGAAAAAUGUGCUAAAGCACUAUGCAACCAUGACAUUUUUAGUUGGUUUUUAACAUAAAAUUUGGCGCGCAUUAAUUUUUCGAAAUUCGUUUGAUUUGUAAUUCGUUUCGAAUUGCUGCAUAGCUCUUUCUUAUGAUGCACUUAAAUAUACAUUUAUAAGUUGUUACUAUUUGCCAAAAUUACUUAAUGUAAAACAGUCUGUGUUGCUUACUCUUACAAUACAUGUUGUUUAAAUAAGCUCAGCGUGUGUAACAAAAGUUAUAUAAUUAAAAAAAAAAAGAAAAAAUAAUCACUGACUGUAUAAGCAAUCAAAUCCUACCUACUACUGAAAUGUUUUGUAAAUCCGCUCGAAGAUGCAAUUGACAAAAUUGCCUGCAUUGAUGUAAAUUAAAACGAAUAAGAAAAAAAGCUACCAAAAAUAAAAGCU